GGCCGCGUUGGCCUGGUCCUCGGGCCUCAUGUUUUUGGCCCACACGUGCCCUAGUUAUUUAGGUGCGGGCUACCCCAAAUGCUCCGUCCUUGCAAAUUCAAAGAGUCCGAAGGGGAACCGUAGGAUGGCAAUACCUUGCAGUUUAUAAAGCCUCGCCGUGAAAAUUCUCAGUCACGAAGUAGCUAUGGAGCGCGGAAGCAAGGGCACUGUGACUUCUCUGUCUUCCUUGUUUCCUGUCGAAGAAGCGAUGAAGGCAGAGCUGAGAGUUAAAGAAGCGAUAGCGCAGAGGACCAAGGAGCUGGACCAGCUCAACCUCUUCAUCUCGGAGAAUUCUUCUCUCAUGAACCUUGUGCAGAGGCUCCCCGACGAGAUUUCUCACGAAAUCAUGGUCCCCUUUGGAAAGGUGGCCUUCUUCCCUGGCCGUCUAAUUCACACAAAUGAGUUCCUGGUUCUGUUAGGAGAUGGAUACUACGCAGAACGUAGUUCGAAACAAACUUCAGAGAUUCUACACAGGCGAGCGAAAACCUUGGAGUCUAAAGUUGAGGGCCUAAAAGCCAUGUUGUUAGACCUUGAAGCUGAGGCAUCGUUUUUCAAUGCUACGGCUGCUGAAGCUGCUGAAGGUCUAUUUGAAAUAAGGGAGGACUACAUCGAACAAAGUACUAACAUAGCGACCCAAAAUCAGACUGGUGCAUUAGAAUCAAAUGCUGAUCCUUCCUCUAGAACAAGUGGCAACAGAUCUUCUGAGGAUGAAGAAUAUGCCCGAAUGAUGUUGAGGUUAGAUGAACUUGAGUUGGAAGAAGCUCGUGCUGAUGAAAAUGCUUCAGGGAUUGAAGAGGAAGAACUUCCCGAUUUAGAUGAUGAAACUUCUGCUCGUUGUAGUGGUGAUGAAGGUGAAGAUAUCAAGAAUCAGCCACACAAACAAGAUGAGUCCAUUGAAGGGAAUGUAAUCAAGAGUUUGGGAAUGCCUAGCAAUGUGAAGAUGGAAGAAUACUUUCCAAGACUUGAGGAGAAAAUUUCUAUGAGGACUACAACAAAGGGGGAGGUUUUCAAAGAUAAUUUUAGCAGUCAUAGUUCAGGAGACAGAGCUGCUGAUAAUUUAGGCAGUCAUAGUUCAGGAGACAGAGCUGCUAAUCGUAAGGCUUUCACAGGCUUGAUUGUGGAGCGCGAUUUUUCUAGCAAUGAGGGCCAGACAUUUUCUCAGGCUCCUAGUACUGAUUCUCCAAAACCAGUUUCUAGAUUCAAGAUGCAGAGGGGAAACCGCUGAUUUCCUUGUUACCUAGAGAUGCCAAUGAUGUUCAUAUUAUAUCCAAAUUAUGUGAAUGUGAAUGAUCCCUGCAAACUUCCUUAUUAUUCUGAAUUUUUUUACCGGCUAAUUUAUUGUUAGUUCUUAUAUUUCAUGUUAAGCACAUGCAUCUACGUGUAGUUUUUGAAAUUUGUGGAGAUAGUUCAUGGUGGGAGUCCUGAGCAGAAACAAUGCCUUCAGUGGUUCACAACCAGAAGAAGAGAUGGCUUGGGAAAUGGGAGGAGAAAUGCUGGAAAAGAAACUACUGCCCUCAGCUAAUGAUAAUCAUUCUUGAGGACUUUGAAGCAUUAUUAAUGCAGCAUGAUAAUCAAUGCAGAAUGACAGUGCAUAAGAAAGCAGUGCUCUGGAGUAAUAACCCUUGACUUAUCCCCAGAGACUAAUAUUAAGAAUGAAUUAUUCAUGCUUACAGCCUUUGUACCUCGUGAAAUUUGUGUAGAUUUUAAAGGACUGAAACAAAUUCCUUGGUGAAAUAGGUGCUUAUCAAUCCCAUAUGCAGGUAGCCAGGUCAAUCAUGACAAAUACCACAAUUUAGACCUUUGUUACGUAGGGAAUGAACCAAACUGCAAUUAAAGAAGCACCAUUACGUUAUAUCUGUCAACUAUGUAGCAAUAUUAAUGCUUAUCUCUGUAAAACUAGUAUGGGCCCGGUAUGGGAUCAUAUGCUUCCUGUAAAGUGACAACUAUGCUUCAUCUGCUCCUGAAAGUUGGGUUCAUGAAUACUUUAUAUGGCAUUAUGGCAACUA